UCGGGAAGGCGGCCGAAUUUUCCAGGGAUAGUGCGGUUCUCGUGACGGCGGCGGCCCUGGUCCGCGGAGGUGCGGGCUCUGGUCCGCCCGGCCCGGGCCUCGGGGCCAGGGAGGGCCCGCCGGAACUCAGGCAAGUGACACUACUCUUCUUUAAGACAAGAGCCUGAAAAGAGGACUGUGUUGACUUGGAAAUUGCAAAGCCAUGUUGCAGGUGACAUUUAGUGAUGUGGCCAUAGACUUCUCUCAUGAAGAGUGGGGAUGGCUAGAUUCUGCUCAGAGGGAUUUAUACAAGGAUGUGAUGGUCCAGAAUUAUGAGAACCUGGUUUCUCUAGCAGGUCUUUCCAUACCUAAGCCGUAUGUGAUCAGUUUAUUGGAGGAUGGGAAAGAACCUUGGAUGGUGGAGAAGAAACUGUCAAAAGAUUGGGAAUCAAGAUGGGAAAACAAGGAAUUAUUAAUGAAGGAGGAUAUUUAUGAUGAAGAUUCACCCCAAAUGGUAAUAAUAGAAAAAAUUACAAAACAAAGUCAUGAAUUUUCAAAUUUUAACAAGGACUGGGAAUUGAUAGAGGCGUUGGAGGGGAAGCAUGAAAAUCAGAUAGAACAUUUCAGACCUGUGACCCUCACCUUUAGAGAAAGUCCCACUGGGGACAGUAUUCACAAAUUCAGAAGCAUCCUCCAUUUAAAGUCUAUUCUUUCUGAACCACAAAGAAUUUCUGCUGAGGGGAAAUCACAUAAACAUGAUAUAUUUAAGAAGAGCUUACCAAAAAAACCUGUUAUAAAAAAUGACGAUAUCAAUGGUGGGAAGAAACUUUUGAAUCCUAAAGAAAGUGUGGCAGCCUUCAGCCAGAGCAAAUCUCUUACCCUUAACCAUUCUUAUAAUAGAGAGAAAGUCUAUACAUGCAAUGAAUGUGGGAAAGCCUUUGGCAAGCAAUCCAUCCUUAAUCGCCAUUGGAGAAUUCAUACCGGAGAGAAACCAUACGAAUGUCAUGAAUGUGGGAAGACAUUUAGCCAUGGCUCAUCCCUAACUCGGCAUCAGAUAAGUCACAGUGGAGAGAAACCUUACAAAUGUAUUGAAUGUGGGAAGGCCUUUAGCCACGUGUCAUCACUUACUAAUCAUCAGAGUACUCACACUGGAGAGAAACCGUAUGAAUGUAUGAACUGUGGAAAGUCGUUCAGUCGUGUUUCACAUCUCAUUGAACAUCUGAGAAUUCAUACUCAAGAAAAACUCUAUGAGUGUCGAAUAUGUGAGAAGGCCUUCAUUCAUAGGUCAUCUCUCAUCCACCAUCAGAAGAUUCACACUGGAGAGAAACCUUAUGAAUGUAGUGAAUGUGGAAAAGCCUUUUGCUGUAGCUCACACCUUACUCGACAUCAGAGAAUUCACACUGUAGAGAAACAGUUUGAAUGCAACAAAUGUCUGAAAGUCUUUAGCAGCUUGUCAUUUCUUAUUCAGCAUCAGAGUAUUCAUAAUGAAGAAAAACCUUUUGAAUGUCAGAAAUGCAGGAAAUCCUUCAACCAGCCAGAAUCACUGAACAUGCAUUUAAGAAAUCACACUAGAUUGAAACCUUAUGAAUGCAGUAUAUGUGGGAAAGCGUUCAGUCAUAGGUCAUCCCUGCUUCAACAUCACAGAAUUCACACUGGAGAGAAGCCCUAUGAAUGUAUUAAAUGUGGGAAGACCUUCAGCUGUAGUUCAAACCUUACUGUACAUCAGAGAAUUCAUACUGGAGAAAAGCCAUAUAAAUGUAAUGAGUGUGGGAAGGCUUUUAGCAAAGGUUCAAAUCUUACUGCCCAUCAGAAAAUCCAUAAUGGAGAGAAACCCAGUAGUGCAAUAAGUGUGGAAAAGCCUUUAGGCCAUAUGAAUCUUUCUACGUGUGAAAAAUCAUAUAAGUGAGAAACUGUAUGAAUGCGAUAUUUGUCAUAAUACACUUAGCCAUAGAUCCUUCCUGAAAAUUUAUACUGGAGAAAAGUCUUUUGAAUGUAAUGAAUGUGGGAAGGUCUUUAGCAGCAAUACAGACCUUACUGUCUAUCACAGUUCACACUGUAGAGAGAAUGUUUAUUGCCUUCAUAAAGGCAAUAAAUACGGGAAAGCCAUUAGCCACUGUUAAUCCCUUAAUUGACAGAAGUAAGUACACACAGGAGAAAAACCCUAUAUAUGUAGCAUAUGGGAAAGACAUUAGGCAAUAUGAAUCUCUUAUUGAACACACAGGAGAGAAGCAAUAUGAAUAUAAAAAUUGUGGGAAGUCCUUCAGUGAAAGUGUAUCCCUUAUUCUGUCUCAAUUCACACUGGAGAGAAAGCUUGUAUGAGAAAUGUAGCAAACUGUUCAUUGCGUUAUCUUGCUAGACCUCACAAGAUUAAUGCUAGAACAGCCUGAAGGACGUAGGAGUUAUGUGUAAAUCUUUCUUUACAAUGAUGUUAUUUGUAAGCAGUUCUACAGGAGAGCAAAUUAAUAGAUUAUAAAUGAAUAUGCAUUUCUUAUAGCAAUAGCAAACAAUUUUACUCGAGUCCUGCAUAGAAGUUUCUUUAGCUAAUGGGCAUGUGAAGAUAAUUUAGUCACCCAGUGGAUCCAGGAAAUGUUUUAAAGUUAAAAAUUAAAGCUGCAAAAGAAGUAAAAGGUGGUGUGAAUAAAGUUGUUGGUCUCUAAUAAAAUCAGUUUGUAUAUAAUGAA